GGGUGCUACUGUGCCGCAGAGGAGGUGCAAAUCACAAGCAACCGAGCGCACGAGUUGAAUAACACUAUCCCCAACCAUGAGCCUAUCAGCAGUAGUAGUUGUCACUACUAACUGAUAUGCCCCCCUCCCCCAGAUUCUUGCCCACUGCACUUCCCCUCAUUUUGCUUUUCACUCAUUCAACCAAUACCUAGCUUCUGGUCAUCAUGGCCACGAGGAAUCAGGUUGAAUCUGGGAUGGAUGCGCUCCCUCCAUCGGGACCGGUCUACAAGGUCUACAAGCGACGAUUCUGGGGGUUGAGCCAGCUGGUCCUAUUGAACAUCGUCGUGAGUUGGGAUUGGUUGACCUUUUCCUCCAUAUCAACCACCGCAGCCGAGCACUUCAAGGUCUCCGAAAGCGCCAUCAACUGGAUGAGUACUGGCUAUCUCUUCGCCUUUUGCGCCGCCAGCCCCAUCGUCAUCGUCACGCUCAACAAAGGUGGGCCGAAGCCCGCUAUCAUCAUCACCUCCUCGCUGCUGCUGGUCGGCAAUUGGAUCCGAUAUGCGGGCACGCGAGCUCGCGGGGGCAUCUUCGGGGUGACUAUGUUCGGCCAGAUCCUGAUCGGCCUGGCGCAACCGUUCUGUCUCAGUGCACCGACGCGGUACAGCGACCUCUGGUUCUCUGGUCAGGGACGCACGAGUGCGACGGCCGUGGCGACGCUGGCCAACCCGCUCGGCGCAGCGCUAGGGCAACUGGUUGACUCGUUCUGGGCCAGCGAGCCUGACGACGUCCCCAGCAUGGUGCUAUACAUCUCGAUCAUCGCAACAGUCGCCUCUCUCCCCUCGUUCUUCCUCCCCUCCGCACCACCAACCCCACCCAGCGCCUCCUCAGCCAGCCACAUCAACACAAGCGAACCAACGCCUCUUCGCCCAACCAUCGCGCAGCUCCUCCGCACGGCGGAGUUUUACCUCAUCCUGCUCCCCUUCUCCAUCUACGUGGGCUUCUUCAACAGCGUCUCCUCCCUCCUAAACCAGAUCCUCUCGCCGUACGGGGCCAGCGAAACCGAAGCCGGCAUCGCCGGGGGCAUCCUGAUCGUAGUGGGCCUGCUAUUCUCGGCGCUGAUCGCCCCGCUCACGGACCGGUACAAGCACUACCUGGCGACGAUCCGCCUCCUGGUGCCCAUCGUCGCCGCCUCGUACAUCGCGCUGGUGUUUGCCCCCGCCAGCGCCGCGGGCAUCGGCGCCACCUACGCCGUGUGCGCCAUCCUGGGCGCCUCCUCGUUCGCCCUGCUGCCCGUCGUCCUAGAGUUCCUCGUCGAGAUCACCUACCCGUUCUCCCCGGAGGUCGGGAGCACCCUCUGCUGGACGGGCGGCCAGCUCCUGGGCGCCGUCUUCAUCCUCGUGCAGGACGCCCUGAAGGCCGGCAGCCACGCGACCCCGCCGGAUAACAUGCGGACCGCUCUGGUCUUCUCUGCCGUCGUGGCGGCCGUGGCGGCCCCGUUGCCGGUGUGCAUUGGCUUGUUCGGAAGGGCUGUCCGCCGCAGGCGCUUGGAUGUGGACCGUGGGGUGAAUCUCGGCGAGGAGGUGGUCGUGGACGAUGAGACUGUGGACGACGCGGUCCGUCCCGACGAGAAUGCCGCAGGGAGUGGUGAGGGGGAGAAAGGAAAGUCGAGGCAUAAGUCGUCGGUCUCUUCGAAGCAGUAGACGUCACAGAACUAGGUAAAGGGGUUGUGUGCAUGCCUUUGGCUCGGCCUGCAUGUGGUCUUGGUCUGGAUUUGCAAUGCCAGUCACCAGCAACAUGUACGAGGGCACUGGAUGGAUAUAGGACGCGUGAUGAUUAGAUGACUGAUACCUGUUGACUUUGAAACUCGAGUCUAGUUUAUCAAUUUGCGUUAGUUAGUGUAUAGUUGCUUCGCUACUUCCAAUACAGCACAGGCAUCAGAAGC